AUGUCUCUUCGCCUCUUUGAGAAGUUGGACAAAUUAUUCCCACAGAAAGACUUUUUGGGUCCAGUGUCACGAAAGGGAACAAUCUUGAAUCAUUCUAUCAAACACAGUCCCAGCGGCGAUGUAGAGGUGGUGAAAGCCUUGCUGAUCCGGAAGUCAAAGACGCAACGCGAGCAUCCAGAUGUCACUGAUCUAGUCUUGGAGAGGAGGACAAAAGCGCAGCAAUCGCGGGAAGCUGUAGAGCGAGCAUAUUGGGCGAUAAGUACGGUACACCUCUGCAUAACAGCAGGGGAUUUGUCUGCCCUGAAAGAAACUGUCGUGUGGUCGCGACGUUUUGUCAAGGAUUCCGCUGUUAGCCACCGUCUCUUCAGUGGCGACGUCCUCAAGACGCAAGAAAUAGAGGAGCUUCUGGGUGCUAUGCCAGACGGGAACGUUGACUCGCCCGAGAGUGCUGCGGCUUUCACUUCGUCUCUGAGGAAGAGUGACAUUGACCUUGCAAACGAUAUUCUCAUCGAGCUGGUCAAUACGGCAACCAUGGCUGCCGAUGCGAGAAAGAUUGGUUAG